ACCCCACACCUUUCUCGAUACCUUCACUUUCUCCAUUCUCGUGUCCCUCCCAUUUCAUCUCAUCUCAUUUCCCUUCCAUUCCACUCCACGCCAAUUCCUCCCUCUUCUUUAGCCCCAAUCCCUAAAUCAAAAUUAUUAUUCACUACAUUUCACGAUGCCUGCCGCCGCUGCACCACCCACACCCGCCGAAACCCUCGACGAAACCACCACCCUUCUAUGCCACCUUCUGCCGGCUUCCCUCUCCAUCAACUCUUUCCCGGGCCGAUGGCAAGUAUUGCGUUCCAAACUUGCAACUCUCAAGUCGCUUCUCUCUGAACUCUCCUAUUCCACUCACUGGUCUGAAAACCAACUCCUUAUAACGCUACUACCCAACCUCCUAUCCACCCUCCGCCGCAUCCAGACCUUAUGCGAUCGGUGCACCGAUUCUACCUACACCGCUGGAAAGUUACUGAUGCAAAGCGAUCUUGAUAUGGCUGCCGGGUGGCUCUCCAAACAGCUUCACGACCUCGAUUUGCUACUUCGCUCCGGCGUUCUUCGUCAGUCCAACGCGAUUGUGCUCUCUCAACCAGCACCUGGCUCUGCUAAAGAAGAUUUGAGUUUGUUUGUUAGAGACCUUUUUACCAGAUUGCAGAUCGGAGGUGUGGAGUUUAAGAGAAAGGCAUUGGAAUCGCUUAUUCAAUUACUUGUUGAAGACGAGAAGGCGGCGACGUUGGUUGCUAAGGAAGGUAACAUCGGUUAUUUGAUUAAUUUAUUUGAUGUGAAUACUCAUCGGGAACAAUCGGUAUCUGCGAUAUCUAUCCUUGCCUGUGCAAGCGAUCAAUCUAGAAAAACGGUUUUCGAGGAGGGUGGACUAGGGCCUUUGUUGAGAAUCGUUGAAUCCGGUUCGCUUCCAUUGAAGGAAAAGGCGUCGAUGGCCGUGGAAGCAAUCACUGCCGAUCCUGAUAAUGCAUGGGCGAUUUCAGCCUACGGCGGUGUUCCGAUACUUCUUGAUGUCUGCAGGUGUGGAUCUUUAACAGCACAAUCUCACGCAAUAGGUGCGAUUAGAAACGUGGCUUCCGUUGAAGAUAUUCGCGCCUCCUUAGGUGAAGAAGCCGCCGUUCCGGUGAUAGUUGGGUUACUGGUAUCAGGUUCCGCCGCCGCGAAAGAGAAAGCGGCCAAUUGCAUCUCCAUCCUCGCAUCAUCGGGCGAGUAUUUUAGGGGUAUGAUAAUUCAAGAGAAAGGUUUGCAAAAGCUGUUACAAUUACUUCACCAAUCUUCAAAUCCAGAUACAAUUGAACACAUAUUACGCGCAAUUCACUCCCUCUCAUCCUCAGAUUCAGUUUCUCGGUUAUUAUCUACGUCAUCUAUCUUCAUAACACAAAUCUCAGGAAUCAUAAAGCAAGGGAAUUUCACUCUCCAACAAAUCUCAGUCUCCAUAUUAGCUAAUCUGUCAAUUAACGACGCUAACAAGCGUGCAAUCGCCGGAUGUAUGGGAUCUCUGGUCAAACUACUGGAAUUUGCAAAACCGGCAGGGUUACAAGAUUCAGCGAUGAAAUCGUUGGUUUCUCUAUUAACAAUAAAACCUAACAGGAAGGAAUUCGUGAAGGACGAAAAGAACAUGAUGAGAUUGGUUCAGAUGUUAGAUCCGACGAACGAAUCGGUCCCAAAAAAAUACCCGGUAGCGAUUGUCCACGCGUUGAUGACCGGAGGCAGCAACGGUUGCCGGAAAAGGCUGGUAGAUGCCGGAGCUCACGGUCAUUUACAAAGUUUAACUGAAAUGAACGUCGCCGGAGCUAAAAAAGCGUCUCAGAGACUCUCCGGCAACCGUCUCAAAAAUAUAUUCAGCCGGACAUGGAGGGAAUAGAAAUAAAGAAAAUAUCUCUAACCCCCGCCAAGAAAAAGGGGCUUGGUUUUGGACUAACUACUGUGUCUUGCUAAAGAAGCCAACAACCAAAAACCUUGCUUUAUAUAUAUAAAAAAAAUCCCCCAAAAAUGAUUUAAUUAUUAUACGAAAGUUACAUAACAACGUACGGAUGCGGAUUUUAGGGAGUGUCCUCGUUUUUUUUUUUUUUUUUUUUAGUAGUGUUUGGUUUGUUAUUAAUUUUUUUAAUGUACAUUAGACUAGAUGAGGCUACUUGUUUUUAGUGUAAUGGCCAAAUCUUGGGUUUAGGAAGUGUGAAUGAGAAUUUGUUGGUGAGUUUGUUUUUAUAUAAAUAUUUAAUUACUCAUAGACUUUGUUGUGUUAUAUGUUGACAAUUGAAAAUUUGGAAGGGUCUUUGUCUUGAA